AUGGCCUCUCCAGACAUUCUAUUACAAAGAGAAGAGGACUUGACUGUGUCAAACGUCGCACCAUAUGUCGAGAGAAAUAUAGAUGGACUGAAUCAGCUGGUGCAGCUUAUGUUCUCAAGCCAUGCCGCAUCGCCAGAUGUGACGUGCAAGGCAAAACUGUCGCGAUCACAGAAUAAUAAGUUGAUCACUUACCAUCGAAGUCUCGAGACACUGCGCCAACGAAUUGUCAUCCUGAUCAACACGUACAUGUCACACGAGACCCGUUUGAGCGAGUUGUUGGCACUGCUCGACAGGAUCGACGAUGUGCUCAUCACCGUCAAGAUCGUGUGUGGACAGUCCGAGGACCUGGACUACCAGCUGCCACACGAGACAGUCCGCGCCCCAACCAAUAUCUACAGCGACAACAGUGACAGCGACAGCGGGAGCAGGUUCGUCCCAUUGGCGCCACCCCCAGCCGAGUUAUUCAAUCACAAGAAGUCGCGUCCAAACAUCUUCCUCCAUGUACUCUCCAAACGAAAGAAGUCGAUUGCCGCACCACCAGCCACAACAUCAACAACAUCGACCAACCCUGGUGUUGGCAUCACAAGAAGGACGACUAGGAGACAGGUGGUAGUGCCAAGCAGUUCAGAGUCAGAAUCAGAGUCAUCAGAGGUCGAAUCAUAUUCAGAGGUGGAUCUGCAGGCGCCCUCAAUAAUCAGGGCGACCAAGAUUUCAACAACCAUGGACGAUGACGAUAACCUGAGGGAUGGUUCCGAUUCGGAGGCGACCGAGUUGGGUCGCGCCAGGAGCAUAAGUAUGCUGCCAAGAUACAACAAUAUGCGUAUGAGUCAGCGCAACUUCCGCGUCCCGCUGCCGCAGUCGAUGGACACGCCCACGACCACCACCACCACAACAACCACCACCACGAGCACAGCCGCCAACAACAACAUCAACAACAACUUUAACGACUUUACACAGAGUCUCAACAGUCUGUACGCCAUGUUGGAUGGAGCCGAGGACGUCAAACCAGACACCUCGAUCACCACGACCAGCACCACACUGCGCAGACACUCUAUCGAUGUGCUUCCAGUCACGAGCACUACCAGCACUACCACCACUACCACGACCACAACGACGACUACUCAAUCAAAGAAGAAGAAGCAGUCGUCAAAGAAGUCAUCGACACGCGACGACCUGCACGCUCAACUGCGAAGAGAGGUCACCAGGAGGCGAAAGAGAUUGGGACAUGUCAAGAAGGAGACGGCGACAAACAACGCCGCAGUCAAGAACCGUCGCAGAAUGUACCGCUACACUGACGAUGAGGAGGAGUCUGACGAGGAGGACUACUCCAAGGGUGUCAUCUACAACCCACAGCCAGACUCUGACGAAGACGAAGAGGAGUCCGAGGAGGAGUCAGAGGAAGAGUCUGAGGAGGAGUCGGACUCAUCUUCAGGCUCGGAUUCAGAGCACCAAAAGGUGCCAGACGCAUCGAAGCGAUGGGCUCGCGCCUACUACGUACCAACAGAGCCCAAGGUGUUGGACCCACCAGUCGAGUGUAAGGUCUGUUACUGCGACUACUCACUCUCGACCGAGGUGCACCAGUUUGAGUGCGGCCAUCAGUACUGCAACGAGUGCAUCACACAGUACCUCACCAACCACAUUGUCGAAGCUCGCGUGCUCGACCUCGUAUGCCCAUUCCCCGGCUGCAAGCGCGACAUCCCAGAGGAGGUCAUCCAUCACUUUGUUGACGACAAGACGUGGACCAAGUUCCAGAAGUUCUCAAUGAUCGCCUCGAUCAAGGCCGAGCCAAUCAAGUGGUGUCCAACGCCAGACUGUGACACGUUUGUUCUGGGCGGCUCUGCGAGCAACCCGCUGCUCACCUGUCCCAAGUGCCGCACGGACUUUUGCUACAACUGUGGCGAGCUGGCGCACCAAGGCUACAAGUGUGGCGAGGAGGCAAUCAAUCUGAACAAUCGCAAGGAGAAGUCAGGCGUGACGGCCAAGCAGCACUUUGACGAAUGGGUCACGACCAACACGUUCAACGUGCAAAAGUGUCCCAAAUGCGAGGCGUUCAUCGAGAAGAACGAGGGCUGCAACCACAUGACCUGCCAGAACUGCCAGCACCAGUUCUGCUGGCUGUGUCGCAACGACUAUGUAGCCGGCCACUUUAUGGACAACAACUAUCCCGACUGCUAUGACAAGCAGUACUACACGCCGAUCAACUCGACCUACACGCCACCCCCACGUCGCACCUCACACAAGGGACGCAACGUUGCGAUUGGACUGGCGGUGUGCACCGUUGGUCUGCCAUUCCUGCUGGUGGGCGGUGCCAUCUACGGCUGUGUCAAGUUGGGCAAGCAUAUCAAGAGAAGACAUCGUCGUAACAGAGCAGCAGCAGCAGCACCAGUCGCACCAAAUGAUCUAUAUAACUAUGAUUUAUAA